AUGGCCGACGAAGGCUGCAUGGAAGACGUAGAUGAAACGACUGACCCGUCUAUGGAUUCUGCGAAUGUAGUGCCCGAAGGGAAUGAAGAAGGUAAUCGCGGGUAGUAAAAUGACAAUUCCAUUUGUUGAAUGUUAACAUUGAUUUUGAUAUUUAUUGCUGCAGUCGUAUUCAAGUUACAUGAGGAAAUUGAUAACCUUAAUUUGGUACUCGACCACUUGGAGCGCAAAAAUGGUGACAUUUAUUCAAGAAUUGAACAGUUACUUAAGUCUUUUCAACAGAUCAAGGACAUAAGCGAAGAACAGUAA